GAUGUUCAAAUUCUUCCGAAUCUUCGACCAAGUAGACAUUGGUGUCUCAGAACACUGACUACGAGCUCACGAUUAAAUUUUCGGAUACCGAUUGGGAAGAUAGUGUUUCAACUUUAAUAUCCGGCCAUCAACUCCUCUCGAGAUGGACUCCAGAUACACGGAGGCAUUCGCGGUCUUUGGUCUUACGCCUGAAGCUGAGGAAAGUGUCACCUCUAAAGCGUACAAAAGACUCGCAUUGAUGCAUCAUCCUGACCGAAACCCAGGGAAGUAUCAUGAAUCGACCCAGAUGUUUCAGGAGAUUGGGGCUGCCUGGGAAACAUGUCAAGAAUACUAUUCUAGAAAAAAUAGACCAUCCGAGUUUGUCAAUAGCUCUUGGAGCCGAGAUGAUGAUGUACCAUUAGAUCCAGAAGAGGCUGCAGCAUUUUUCCAGUUCUUGUUCGAACAAAUCUUUCUUGGUCGCUAUUCGCGCGCGAAAACGCGUCAAUAUCGUCGGGCGCGAACUGGGGGAGCCGGAGCCAACGUCUUCAUGUUUGAUGAGAAUCUCGCCGACAAACAGCAAAGACAACAAGAGCACAGAACACACCAGAAAAAUGAACAUGCAGAAUAUCUUAAGAGAGUUCAAGAAUUCGAACUCGAAUGCGAAGCGGAGGAAGCAGAACGAAAACGUCAAGCUAAGGAAGUCGCAAGGGAAGCAACGCGCUUAGCCAUAGCACAAACGGAGGCCUUCAAAGCUAUAAGGAUUGGAAAUUUGUCGUCUAUACGACAACUAUUUUCCCAAUUCAAUUUGAAUCCCAACAACCCAAGCAGUAAGAAGAAAAUGAGAGAGGGAAAAUACGACACCAUGCUUCAUGCAGCAGCUCAAUCCUCCCAUACUGAUGCCGCGAUGGUCCAGUUUCUUUUGGAAAAAGGAGUGGAUGUCAAUGCUGUUAAUAGUGAGGAUCUGACUGCCUUUCACCUUGCGGUGCGUUCGGGGAAUCUGGCUGCCUCUCAGGUUCUACUUGCACAUAGAGAUGUGCAUCCCUCACGUGCGGCCAAGAACGGGGAGACCCCAUUGCAACUAGCAAUCAAGAGCAAGGAUUUGAGCAUACUUCGUUUGGUUAUCAAGGAUGCGACAGUACAUGACGUGCAACGCUGUUGGGAUGCGGCAGACCUUUCCGAUGAGAUGAGAGAAGUUCUCAGAAGCAAGAGAGGCUUCGUCGAUCCGGCAAACGCUGAAGUAAAACCUGUCAAACUAUCCAAAAGUGUACAACGACAGCUAACUGAAGAGCGCACGCGUUCGGAAAAGGUGGCCAGGCUUGCCGAAGAAGAACGGAGGGCAGAGGUCAAUCGUCAAAACAAACUUGCAAAGGCUGAGAAAAGAAGAAUACGAGAAGCAGAAGAAGAAGAAAUACGCAAUAAAAAGGCCGAGCGGGAGGCCCAGAAACGUCAACAACAACAAGAAAAGGAAGAAUCAGAGCGUCGCGCUAAACAAGAAAGAAUUCGGGUUGCCGAAGAGUUGCGGAGGAAAGAGAUGGAAGAAAAACGUCGGGCCGAUGAAAUUGCUGCUAAUGAGCACAUGAAGGAGGUGAAACAAAAGUUAACUGAAGAAAGACGACAAAAACAGAUGGCGGAACGUCAGCAAGAAAGGCAGCGGGCUCAAGAACAGCGAAGAAGAGAUGCGGAACAACGGCAUUUAGCUGAGGAAGAGGCCCAAAGUCGGAGAAUGCAAGAAAUAGAGCGGCAACAUGCAGAACACCAGAUCCAGCUGGAAAGUGAGGAACAGCGGAAGCGAGAGUCCCUAAAGCCACGACGUCGAAUAAGAAAAGGAUCUGAUAGCAGGCGCUUGGUAGAACAGACAGAUCGCGUGCGGAAGAGACAUACGGAGGAUCGGAGGAUAGAUGGGUACACCCUCGUCCUAGCUCAAGACGUUCAGUCAAAUGUUGACAUGCCUCAAGCUUCUGAAUUGACGCAUGCACGUUCCAGAAAGCCUAGGGUAAGUAUCCAGCGGCCAUUCAAGGAGCGUGAGGUACCGCAAGGACUGACAGGAGAGGAGAAGAUCAGAUGGGAAUUGAAGGAAACUCGACGCGCAGAGCAAAGUGCCAGAGAUCGCGCUCGUGCAGCUGAAAUUAAACUAGCAAAGCUUCGACAGCCUUACGACUCGCAACCUCCGCAUAUACAAGAAGAUAUCCAAACUGCACCAAUGGUGAACGACCUUUUCGACAGCCCCCGAAUGAAAAGGCACGCCCGCGUUGCUGCCAUUCUGGACGUUUCUGGAACAGAGUCGCCUGAGUCUCCUGCCUCAACACAAAGGGAGACUUCUUCUUUCCGUGGAUACAGAGGUCGUGGACGAGGGAGAGGGACAGGGGGUAGAGGAGGUCGGAGAAGAGGGCGAGGGUACUUUCAGAGUGUUGAGCAAAUUGCUCCCUGAACAAGUUCUUGACGCAAUAUCUUGGUAUAUAUCACCGUUUUGGCUACUAAUUGAGAACUCGAACCUCUAACUGAUGGUUCUCUGCUCAACUUCAAUUUUACACAGUAAUAAUAUU